AUGGUGCCUGAGUGUUUUGAACCGAAAACGGUGAAAGGUCAGUGCCCGUUCCCGGAGCAACUGUCAUUCGCCUUUUUGCUGAACAAGACUGAGCUGCAGGCAUUCCCGCCGGGGAGCAUCCUGCGGUACCAGUGCCGCCCCGGGUACUUCAAGAGGACCUUCUCGCUCUCCUGCCUUCCCGACUCAGCCUGGACGCAGCCUCCCCUCGGGGUCUGCAGGACUCCCCGGGGACCCCCGCUCCUCUUCCUGCCCUGGCAUGUGAUCGCACCCCACAUCCAGCUCCGUUCCGAGAAAGGGCCUGAGAAGUCCUGCCCGGUGCCUCCAGACGUCCUCAACGGCAGAGUGGAGGUCUCCAGCUUGGAGUUCGGGGCCGUCAUCAAAUACAAGUGUGAGGAAGGAUUCCGCCUCAUCGGGAUGUCCUCAGCCAUGUGCUUGAUCUCAGAGAACAAACUCAUGUGGGACCAGGACCCCCCUAUCUGUGACCCCAUUCCCUGCGGGAACCCCCCACCCAUCGCCAAUGGACGCAUCUCUAAUCCCUACAUGAGCAACUUCCUCUACGGGGUCGUGGUAACUUAUGAAUGCAACAAGGGCAAGGGCCGCCUGGAGCAGUUCCAGCUGGUAGGGAACAAGUCCAUUUACUGCACCAGCGAGGACAAUCGUGUGGGGAUCUGGAGCGGGCCUGCCCCUCUGUGCAUCCAGCCUGGCACAUGUACGCCUCCAGAUGUCGAGAACGGACUCCGGGACCCUGAGGACAAAAGCCUGUUCCGCUUAGGCGACUCUGUCCAGCUGCGGUGCCAGCCUGGCUUUGAACUGAAGGGCUCCCAAAGCGUGCGGUGCAGACCUGAGAACAAGUGGGAGCCAGCAUUGCCCAGCUGUUCCCGCAGGUGCCAGCCACCCCCAGAGAUCCUGCAUGGCUGGCACACAGCAGCCCAGCAGAAGGAUUUCCCUCCUGGGGCCCAACUGUCCUACACUUGCGAGCCCGGCUACCAGCUGGACGGGGAUGCGACUCUGCACUGCACGCCCCAGGGGGCUUGGAGCCCAACGCCUCCCCGAUGCACAGGGAGACCGUGUGCUGCCUUCCUGGACCGGCCUCGCCACGGCAAGGUGCUCCUUCCGCUCAGCCUCCUGCCCGGAGCCAUGGUCUCCUUCGAGUGUGAUGAGGGAUUCCGCCUGAAAGGCAGCUCGGCCCGUCACUGCGUCCUGGUAGGAGGCCAGAGCCUGUGGAACGGAAGAACCCCUGAGUGUGAGCAAAUCUUCUGUAGACCACCCAAGCCGAUCCGCAAUGGGAGCCACUCCAGGGAGUCUCUGGCAAGCGUUCCCUAUGGGGAAGAGGUGACCUAUGCCUGCGACCCCCACCCAGACCCACACAAGACCUUCAAACUCAUUGGGGAGAGCACCAUCCGCUGUGGCAGUGACAGUCAGGGGCAGGGGGUGUGGAGCGGCCCUGAACCCCGCUGUGAGACCGCUGAGACCCAAGGACAGUCUUGCACAGUGCCCCCAGCACCCCUCAACGGCAGGGUGCUGACACAGCCAGACACCCAGGUUGGAUCAGCGGUUCACUACUCCUGUGAUGAAGGGUAUCGCCUCACUGGUUCCCCAUCUGCCACCUGCAUCCUGUCGGGUCAGAGUGUCACUUGGGACAAAGAGGCACCGGUUUGUGAGGAAAUUUUCUGUACACCACCCAAGCCGAUCCGCAACGGGAGCCACUCCAGGGAGUCUCUGGGAAGCGUUCCCUACGGGGAAGAAGUGACCUAUGCCUGCGACCCCCACCCAGACCCACACAAGACCUUCAAACUCAUUGGGGAGAGCACCAUCCGCUGUGGCAGUGACAGUCAGGGGCAGGGGGUGUGGAGCGGCCCUGAACCCCGCUGUGAGACCGCUGAGACCCAAGGACAGUCUUGCACAGUGCCCCCAGCACCCCUCAACGGCAGGGUGCUGACACAGCCAGACACCCAGGUUGGAUCAGCGGUUCACUACUCCUGUGAUGAAGGGUAUCGCCUCACUGGUUCCCCAUCUGCCACCUGCAUCCUGUCGGGUCAGAGUGUCACUUGGGACAAAGAGGCACCGGUUUGUGAGGAAAUUUUCUGUACACCACCCAAGCCGAUCCGCAAUGGGAGUCAUUCCAGGGAGUCUCUGGCAAGCAUUCCCUACGGGGAAGAAGUGACCUAUGCCUGCGACCCCCACCCAGACCCACACAUGACCUUCAACCUCAUUGGGGAGAGCACCAUCCGCUGUGGCAGUGACAGCCAGGGGCAAGGAGUGUGGAGCGGCCCUGAACCCCGCUGUGAGACUGUUGGGACCCCAGCAUGCCCACACCCGCCCAAGAUCCUCCACGGACAGCUCAUAGGAGGACAUACGUCUCCAUACCAUCCCGGGAUGUCCAUCAACUAUUCCUGUGACCCUGGCUAUGUUCCUGUUGGCAUGACCUUCGUGUAUUGCACCCACCUGGGCACCUGGAGUACCACCAACCAUGCCUGCAGAGAGGUAUUUUGUCACCGCCCACACUUGGUGAAUGGAAUCUGGAAGGAGUCCACAGCACAGACAGUCUACCGCUAUGGGGACAAUGUGACCAUGCAGUGUGAUUUUGGGCACACUCUGGAAGGUAGUCCUUGGAGCCAGUGCCAGGCGAAUGGCACCUGGGCCCCCUCUCUGGCCGUGUGCAUGACUGGUGUCUGGCCCGCUGCCCUGGCAGGUAAGUGAGGAACUUUCCAGCUUCCUCCAGGGUGAG